AAAAUGAAGUUCCCAUUGACUGGUGCACUUCAAAACUUCCUAGUACGUCACACAGUCCAGGGGCUGUGUUUGUGGAAAAUAUCAAAGUUGGUAGGGUAACAGUUGGGUUUCCUCCCAAAUUUAACCCUCUUCACAAUCUAUAAAACGGGGAAGUUUUGCUACACAAAAAGCAACAAAGAAAAGAAGAAGAAGCAAAAAAAAAAUAAAGAAAAAGAAAUCAUGAAGGCUGCAGGCUCAUUGGGUGUGGUUGUAUGCUUGUUCUUGGUGGUGGUUGGUGUUUUGGUUGAGGUGGUUCCAAUGGCAGAAGGGGACACCAUGCCCAGCCAAUGCAAGCAGGAGAAGGACCUUCUUGUGAGUGCAUGCAAGAGCGCAGUGAUCAAUAAUAUAAUCGGGCGCAGCCCCUCUGCAUACUGCUGCCAAAUUGUCAGGGUGACUCAUGUCGAGUGUGUGUGCCCUUAUGUCACCCCCAAACUGGCCAAUUUGAUCCCUCUCCAACGUACGAUUAAGCAGAUUGAAGGCUGUGGAAGAAGCGUCCCUCGCAACUUCAAGUGUGGCAGUAUCACCACUCCACCAUAAGAUAAGAAGACGAAUAUUCUAGCUAGCUACAAGAAUAUAUUAUUAUGCUUGAUUAUCAAAUAAAGAAUAAUCUAAUUAGCUUUCUUUCAAGAUAUGAGAGUUAUAUAAAUUUGAAGUGCACAAUCAUGUGCAAUUAUGUAUUAGAGAAUGGAGGGAAGGGGACAAAGAUGUAUGACUUUCCUCAAAUCAAAGUGAAUUAUAAGAUGUCUCUCCUAUAUAUAUCGAUAUUUGUAAGAUCCCAUAUCAACCAACGGAGAGAGAGUGAUGUGCUUUAUAUGUGCACA